AUGGCGGCGGCGGCGAGGGUGGUGUUUGAUCGGCGUCGGUGUUUGGUGGAUGCCGUGCAAGCCGAGCGGAUGCGCGUGGGGCUGGAGGAAGCGCAGCGACAGCACGUCCGGGCGUUGGUGGCGGCCGUGGCGCGCGCCACGACGGGGAGGGUGCGUGCGGCGGAGGCCAAGCUGGAUCGCGCACGCUGCCGCAACGCGGAGCUAGAGGAGAAGCUCCGCCAGAUGAGCGCAGAGGGGCAGGCUUGGAUAGGCGUUGCUAAGAGCCACGAGGCCGUCGCCGCCGGCCUCCGCGCCACGCUCGACUAGCUCCUCUAGUCCCCCUGUGCCGUCGCCACCGCAGCGGGGGAAGGCGACGCCGAGGACGCGCAGUCGUGCUGCUUCGAGACCCCAGGCGGCGCCGCCGCCGCCACUGCCGCCGACGCGGUGUCCAGGGCGACGUCGUGCAAGGCCUACCGUGUCACGGAGGCGUCUGUGCCGCUGCUCUCGUUCCGCCGCCUGUGCCUGUGCGGCGCCUACGAGGCCGCCGUUGACGCUUGCCCCGUCUGCGCCGCCACCAAGAUCGCCUCCGUCCAUGUCCUCCUCUCCUGA